AUGGCCACCACUUUGGCCAUCAUCACGGUCAUCAUCACGGUCACCACGGUCACCAUUUUGGUCAUCACGAUGGUCAUCAUCACGGACACCACUUUGGUCACCACCAUGAUGGACACCACUCUGGCGAUCUCAACCACUUCUUCGAUGGGCAUCAUCAUGGCCACCACCACGGCCAUCAUCAUGGUCAUCACCACGGUCACGAGCAUCACAACAGCCAUCUGCACGGCCAUCGUCACGGCCACGAGCAUCACCACGGUCAUCAUCACGGCCACCACCAUGGCCACCACCACGGUCAUCAUCACCUGGGUCAUCAUGACCACCAUCACGGCCAUCAUCAUGGUCACUCCCAUCAUGCCCGCGGCCUGGAGAAUGGCCACAAGCACAAGCACCACGGUCAUCAUAACCACGAUGAGCACCAUAGGCAUCGCCAUCACGAGCUCCACGGCCACCGCCACGGUCACGGACACCGUCACGGCCAUCUUCACAAUGAGCUCCACGGCCACCACCACAACGAGCACCACAGGCACGGCCACGGACAUCAUCACGGUCAUUACCACGAUGAGCUCCAUAGGCACCGCCAUGGACACCACCACGGCCAUCAUCACGAGGAGCAUCACAGGCAUCACAACCACCAUAACCACCGCCACGGUCAUCAUCACGGCCACCAUCACGAGCAUGAUCAUGACCACCAUCACAGGCACCGCCAUACUCACUCUGAGUACCAUCACCACGGCCACCACCACGGUCAUCAUCAUGGCCACCACCAUGGCCAUCAUCACGGACAUCAUCACGGACAUCAUCACGGACAUCAUCACGGACAUCAUCACGGACAUCAUCACGGACAUCAUCACGGACAUCAUCACGGCCAUCACGGCCACCACUUUGGUCAUCAUCAUCAUGAAGCCCCACUACGAUGUCGUGUAUAACGAGCGUGUUGAGAACAUCAAGGCUACUGCUAGCAAGGUGACCCUGGAUAAGCUCUUCGAGGGUGACAGCAAGCAUCAUCACGGCCACCACGACCACCAUAACAAGCAUCACGGCCACGUCCACCAUGCUCAUCACGGUAAACACCACAAUCAUCACGGCAAGCACUACGAGCACCAUGGCAAGCAUCACCACCAUGACAAGCACUACGGUCACCACCACGACACCACCAAGAUCGAGGACCUCGAUAAUGCUGCCAGCAGGCUGCUGAAGCUUUUCCGGGGAGAGCACAACAAGCACCACCACGGCCACCAUGAUCACCACAAGCAUCACGGCCAUCACGCUCACCACAACAAGCAUCACGACCAUAAGCACCACGGACACCAUCUCGAACAUGCUCACCUCGCCGAUCUUGCUAACCACCAUCACGGUCAUCACGAUCAUCAUGGAAAGCAUCACGAGCACCACGGUCACCACGGUCACCACGAUCAUCACAAGCACCAUAACCACCACGCUCAUCACUAUGGUAACCACGAUCAUCAUGGUAAGCAUCACGAGCAUCACGGUUAUCAUCACGGCCACCACGAGCAUGGUCAUCACGAGCACGGUCAUCACGGUCAUCACGGUCAUCACUAUGGUCAUCACAGCAAGCGCAACACUCUUCGCAACGCUGUCAAGGCUAACGCCAACGAGCUCGCCGGUGUCACCAGCGUCAACGACCCCAAGCUUGAUAGGUAUGUCCAGAGGGCUGAGGAGGCCGUUGGUCAGACAAUCAGGAAGGCUGUCGAUGAGCUUGACGACCCCAGCGAUGCCAAGGUUGACAAGUACGUUGAGAGGGCUGAGGCUGCUGUCGGUAACAGCAUCAGGAAGGCCGUCGUGGAUAUCUUCAGUGACCCCAAGAAGGUCAAGGCUGCUCUGACUGCCGCCUCUGCCCAGGCUGCCGAUCCCGUUGUUGUUGACCUUAAUGAUGUCGCCACUGGAACCGGCCGCCGCAACAAGAAGAUCAAGCAUGUCAAGAUCGACAAGCGUGAGCCUAGCUCCAGCUCUGUCUACAGCGAUGCCAAGGUCGAGAAGACUGUUGAGAAGGCUGUCGAGCAGGCCGCUGCCAAGAUUGUUGAGAACCUGGAUGGAACCCACGGCCACAAGUCGCAAUCCCAUCACACUCAUCAUCACCCCAAGCGAAGCGUCAAGUUCUACAACGGCUACCAGCGCGACUGCGAGGGCAAGCUCAAGAAGGCUUACGCUAUUGACGGCCGCUAUGCUCACCCCCUGAGGAAGCUCUCCUACAACUCGCACCCCAACACUUGCCACAAGCACGAUGGCCACUACCUCCGCUACCAGUAUGAGGAUCUCAAGUCGUCCGUCUCUGGCAAGCUGAUUGGCGGUCACGACUACGACAAGCACGACAGCCACCACAAGUACGGCAAGUACUACAUCGAGCUCGUCAAGAAGGAGCAUCACAACGAGAUCAUCGUCUCUCUCGAUCUCAAGGACAACUACGAGUACACCGCCACCAAGGCCGCUGUCUUUGUCGGCUGCGACGGCGGAUACGACUCGUAUGACGGUCACAACAUCUGCCACCACAAGAGCUAUCCUUACCAGGCUAUCGAGGAGAAGGGCCUCAACGAGUUCUCGUUUGCCAUCAAGGACAAGUACCAGUGCCGUGGCGACUACUACAUCGGCAUCUAUGUCGAGCUUUGCGACAAGAAGGGCGACUGCCACUCUUGCAGCAAGGGCCGAUACAACUACUAA